AUGGAUUACCACUUUCUUUCUUAUGAUAUUGAUGUUGUUUUACACGCGGCAGCCUAUGUUAAUUUAAUUUAUCCUUAUCAGGCUCUGCAUGGUUGUAAUGUAGUUGGGACAAGGAAUAUAAUUGAAUUUUGUUUUAAAAAUAAAAUUAAACCUUUGCAUUAUAUCAGUACGGAUGCAGUCUUUCCCUGUGGAUUAAUUGAUGUAGAUGAAGACACCCCUCCAACUGAUACUUUUGAAAAACUUGUUGAUGGUUAUGGACAAACUAAAUAUGUUGCUGAACAAUUAGUUUUGAGAGCCAAUUAUCGUGGUUUGCCAACAAUUAUUUACCGACUAGGCAAUCAGGCAGCACCAAUUAAUGGAUCUAAUUGGAACCCACAAGAUUUUACUUAUCUUUUAUUAUUGUCAACAUUAAAAAUGAAUUUAGCACCAAAUUUGGGAGAAUGGGAGGUUGAAUUAACUCCAGUCGAUUUUUCUGCCCAAUUUAUUGUUCGUAUUUUAAGUGAAAUGUUUUGUGAAAAUACUGGACGAAUAUUUCAUUUAAUUAAUUCUGGAAAAGGAAUUGUAAAAUGGAAACAAAUAAUUGAAUGGUUAAAAAUUGUUGGUUUUGAAGAAAUUAAAGAAAUUGAAAUUGAUGAAUGGAUUAAAAUGUUUGGUUUUAUUUAUUUGUUUUUUUUUGAGGGUGGUGGAAAUAAUUAUUUUUUCUCCUCUCCCAUCAGGGGUGUCUCGAUUCUCGAAAAAUCUUGA